AUGUACUUGACAUGCAAUUAUGCAAAUUGGGCUACUUCCUUCAUCUAUCGCACAACUCUUAAACAUAGCAUCGAAAUGGAAAUCGAGUGGCGUCGACCAAUGACACAUUUUGGCGGGAAAAUUAUUUCGGUCUGCGGGGAUGACAGCCGUGAAACAUGUCAUAAAGAACUCACUAAAGAUAAUGAAGCCGGAAUUCUGUUGUUGGAAACAUCGAAUUCCUGUGGUUUGCCAACCAUUCCACUGGCUCCAAUGCUAGCUGUGAAGAAGUUUAAACAGUUGUCGAAACAUCUUAAUUGUGACGAGAAAAAAUCAAAUACAUUAAAUUUGUUCGUAGAUAUCCCCGAGUGCGCUUCGGAAGAAAUAACUAACUAA